UAAAUUUUGAGUAUUUAAAAUUGUUGAAGUGAUACGGUUGUAAAAUAGACUUCCCGGUUCUUUUUUGAACCAACCGUCAUGGCGCACUAAUAUGUGAUGCACUCUAUCCGGAAACAGCUGUCGAGUGCAAAGGCAUUCCUGACGCCGAGUACAUACAUAUACAUGUAUACGUAAUAAAAUUGUAUUGAAUUGUAUGGUGCGGUCAUAGAGAUAUCUCAAAGCUAAUUUGAUAGCUAGUGAUCAAAUAUGAUUAGCUAAAAUUGACAGAAACCAAGAAACAUCGUUUCAAGAUGCAGAAAUUUAAGAAAGCUCAAGCACAGAAUAAACAGUCUAUCGAAAGGCACUUAGAGGCUAAUGCGUUAUUGAAUUCCUCCAGUGAGGAGGAGGAUGACACAAAUGAGGAAGAUAUCCAAGAUGUAGUCGGCAAAGUAUUGUCUGCUUAUCAGGGACAGAGUACAGAUGCGGAGAAAGUAAUAUCAUAUCUAGUGAAUUCCUUUCAAAGUAGCAGUGCUGUUUGCUUGAUAUGUAUAUCAACUGUCAAGAAGAUAGAUCCAAUAUGGAACUGCGACAAAUGCUAUGCAUUUCUACACAUGUCGUGUAUCCUACACUGGAUCAACGACAGUUUGAGCUACAAACGGGCUAAAGGAAUCGCACCGAUCUGGGCAUGUCCAAAAUGCCGUAUGGAGUACGACCAGGAUCAGUUUCCAAAAUCAUACAAAUGCUUCUGCAAAAAGACCGUAGAUCCUCUAUAUACACCCUGGGUCAUUCCACAUUCUUGUGGCGAAACUUGUGGCAAGCUUCUGCAACCGGAGUGCGGUCACAAGUGUGUGCUGCUCUGCCAUCCUGGUCCGUGUCCGCCGUGCGCCAAGAUAGUAUCGGCUAAAUGUUACUGCAGUAAACUACCGGCACAACCGCGACGUUGCAACGCCAAAAACUGGAGCUGUGGUACUGUGUGCAACAAAAAAUAUGAGUCUUGUCUGCACACUUGUAACAGCCUAUGUCAUAUUGGAGAAUGUCCCCCUUGUGCGGAAAUAGUAUUACUGAAAUGUCGUUGUAAGAGUAACGAGAAGAUAGGGAAAUGUCACGAGGGCACGUGGAUCUGCGAGAAACCUUGCAACAAGAAAUUCUCUUGCAACGUACACAGUUGCGAGAGUACUUGUCAUUUACCCGGUGACUGCGGCAACUGUCCCCUGGAAAAAAAUAGAUGUUGUCCCUGUGGAAAGAAACGAUAUGAGAUUUCUUGCAGGCGGCAGCAAGUGCCAACGUGUGGCGAUACGUGUGGCAAAUUGUUGGACUGCGGCUCACAUUUCUGCAACAUGAGAUGCCAUACCGAUCGCUGCGGCCAGUGCCUGGAAGUCGUGACAAAGGUCUGCAGAUGCGGCAGUUACAAGAAAGAGAUCGCCUGCGCGAAAGAGUUCCACUGCAACAAGAAAUGCGUACAGAUGCGCUUGUGCGGUAGACAUUUGUGCAACAAGAAAUGCUGCGACUGUAUAUUGAAGAACACAUCCAAUCCCUGUGAGAAAACAUGCGAGAAUACACUCAACUGUCGCAAGCAUAAAUGCGCCGCGCCUUGCCACAGCGGUCCUUGUUACCCAUGCAACAGAACGGACGUUAUACAGUGUCGAUGUGGCAGCAGCAAGAUAACGGUACCGUGCGGUACCAGGAAGAGGAUCAAACCACCGCCGUGUAACAAGUCCUGUAAGAUUCCACCUAUCUGCCACCACAGCAAGAGGGAAACGCAUAAAUGUCAUCAGGGCCCGUGCCCGCCAUGUAAGAAGAUCUGUGGGCUGAUACAUAAGAGAUGCGAUCAUUCUUGCCCGACCACUUGUCACACCAAAGUCUGGGUGAAGAUCAGAGCGAACGGAGUAAAGGCGCAACCUAUUGGACCCUGGGAAAAACCGAAAGACGUUAUGGAAUUAAAGACCUUACCAUGUCCACCGUGCGAGGUUUCUGUACCCGUGACCUGUCUCGGUGAUCACGAGACGCGCCUUUGGCCAUGUUACAUGUCGAAACCGAGUUCCUGCGGCAGACCUUGUGGCCAACAGUUACCGUGCAAGAAUCACACUUGCGAGUUGAUUUGUCACAAACUACAGAUUUCUGACGAUGAGUCUAGUAACGGUACUCCGUGCAUGGAUUGUGAGAAGGAAUGCAAUUUUGCACGACCACCAGGUUGUACGCACACGUGCCCACAACCUUGUCACCCGGCUCCAUGUAAACCAUGCAAGCAAUUGGUGCGAGUCUCUUGCCAUUGCGGUAUCAGCACCCUUUAUCGGCAUUGCGUAAACUUGACGUCUGCAACAAGCAAGGAACGGGACGAGUUACUUAAAUGCGGAAACCAAUGCCCAAAAAAUUAUCCGUGCGGCCACCGUUGCGUCAACGAUUGUCACCCGGGAGAAUGCAAAGGCGGAGAGGGAUGCAGCAAGAAAGUCAGAUUAUGGUGUAAAUGUAAACGUAUUAAGAAGGACUUUCUUUGUUCAUUUCUUCAAAAGGAGCAGAUUAUUGUAGACUGCGAUAGCGUGUGCGAGUCGUUGAAAAAUGAAAAAAAGGAGGCCCAGAAAGCUAUGAUAGCGAAGAAGCUGGAAGAAGAAGAACUGCGCAAUCGAGAAGAGAUUGAAAAAUUCGAAAAGAAGUUUAGGCCACGACGAAAGAGAAAGGAUAAGUACGAGAACUUAAAGCAGUCUCAAGGUAACACAAGAAAUAAGUAUCGCAGCGUGUGGAUCUUGGCGUUCAUUGUAAGCAUUAUAGGAAUAGUAAUAGUGUAUGUGAUCGCUCCUGACUUAAGUGUACUUGGGUUGAGUUGAUUUCAUAAGCUGAGCUCAAAUUUGUGACCAUUUACGAUAAUAACCAUUAUUGAUAACUAAAAGAUUUGUGAUGUAUCAACGCUUAUGUGGAUAAUGCUAUGAUAAGAGCAUGAUUCUAUUUAUCUAAUUUAUAUUGCUAAUAGAAGUAAUCGUUCAAUAUUGUAAUACAUACACGUUUUUUUUUCCUAUAUAUAUAUAUAAAAUAAGUGAUAAAGGGGUUGCGUAUCUGAAAUUGACUGCUAGUACUGAAAAUGUAGUAAACUAUAGCUUUUCGGUACUGACAGUGAAUUUCAAAACGCAGUCAGACUUAGUAAUCGGAGAAACUCUUAUUUCCCGAGAUUUGAAGUUUUAGUUUUGACGCUUUUAUAAUAAUUUUAUGAUAUAUUAAAAUAAAGUAUAUAUAAUAAAAUCCAAAGUAUUUUAUAAUUAGAAUUAUUUUAAUGCAAUACAAAUUAUAUUUAUAAAAUGAUUUAAUAUUAACCCUCAGCUGACUAUAUUUGAUUAGAUAUUUUGCCACACAUGAGUGUACGUCUCUCGACCAUUUUCAAUUGCGUACAUCUUGGUACGUAAUGCAUAGAAUAUGAGCAAUUUUUUUUUAUUGAUAUGUCAGAAGGUCGAGAAAAAGACUAAAUAGGUGCGAAAAUCAAGAAGUUGAAUAUAUUUGAAAUAUUCAGAAGAGAAGGAGCAAACGAUUUAUGAAUGUUAAGCAUUUUUGUAAACAACCCCGAUAUAUGAUACUCAGGUUUUUUUUAUUUUUUUUUUAGUACUCGUGGGUGGGAGAUAACGUGCCUUCCGUCAACCCUUCGUACGAUAUGGCACAGACUUUUUUAUUCCUUUUGUGUAUAAUUUUCUCGAAACUUUUUAAAUAUCCAAUCUUCUUGAUGUAAUGUACGACACACAGUGUCAGCUGAGGGUUAAAUGUGUAACUUUUUAAAUGUCGACAAUUAUGGAAAUAUAUAUUGCAUAGAAACGUGAGGAACAGAAUAAAUAUUAAAUUAGGCUAAUCAAAGUAAGAAACAUGAAAUUUUUGCAUUUUGAGGACAAUUUAAACAAUUUAAGUUUGCAAAUUUUGUAAAAGGCAGAUAUGAUACACGUUUGUGAAAUAUCGAGAAAAAGAUGCUCUUAUAAUAAAACUGACAGCAAAUAUAAAAGUA